CGUUAGCUUGGAAUAUGAUCACUCUAGUGCUUAUUACCGGUGUCCUAAUCAGUAUUGCAGUCUUCCUCUAUAAUCAGUAUGUCUUCCAUCAGAGAGACAUCCAUGAGAUUGCACUCAAUCAACAGUCCAACAUCGGACAAUCACGUCAGGAAGACGAGACCGCAGUGUACAGAAACAACUUGGUACCUAUCGGAAUGCCACUAGCCACAGGACUGAGCAUAAGACAAGGGUUCAAGUUGCGUAAUGGUAACCUUCGUGAUAUCUGGUCGGUCGUGAUGACACAAAAAAACCACGAUGCUCGUCUUCGGUUCAUAUCAGCUGACGAUGAUGAACUCGUAUACGAUAUUGAUCACUUGAACGGAAUUUUUAAGAGAUUGGUGGAAUAUCUCGAGUCCAUCGGUUGUAAAAAGAUUGGAAUCGCAGUUCCAGUGUAUACAUUCCAUGGGUUUGUAACUACAAUGGCUUGCUGGUCGCAUGGUCUCACUGCCUACACUUUCAACAGAUUACCACGAACCCAGUGCGAUGUCGAUGUUCUCAUAGUCGAUGAAUCUCAAUUGAGAUUUGCAGAGAUGUUCCAAUACAAGAAGAUAAUUGUGGUAUCAAAAGAUCAGUCUGCACAAUAUCCAAGCCAGGAUGUUGUUAAUUGGAGCUCAAUUGGUGAUUUGGACUCAGUAAGAGAUGACAAUUAUGAGUACAAGUACGAUCCUUCGUAUGAUGAUGUGAUUCCUCUGGUGGAUACCUUCAACUUCCAAUCAUUUUCGUAUACACAUCAAAAUUUUGUCAGUUCUAUUGCCUCUAUCAUAAGAACUUUACCUCUGGGCCAAGAGUUUGGACGUGAAACUUUACUCAUUGGAUAUGAAGAUUCAACUAUCAACUAUUGGCCAAAGAUUUUGGCAAUUUUACUUUAUGGAGGCUCAGUAAUUAUUGGAUCGACAUCUAACAAGUCAUUUAGCACUGCAAUUGAAACUUACAGUCCAACUAUUCUCUCUGUGGAUUCCACUUUUGCCAGUGGACACUUUUCAUCGAUUGUGACUAAGUCUCAAAGUACGUUUCAAGCUUGGAAAUUACACAGAGCAAUUCACUUGCUAUCACAGGGUGUUUUCUCUACGAAUGCAUCUCUAAAGGAAUACGAAAAUCUCAGAAUUGUAUACGUUGGGUCAACUUCACCUGAUAACGAACUCUCAAGCUUACAAUUGACUACAAUGAGAGCCUUGUUCGGGUGUCGUGUUAUCUGUGAACGAUUCUUGGAAGGUGCUAUCGGUGCAAUAUUGUCCACCAACUUUUAUGACUACAGGGUGUUUUCAAAUGAUAGGUUAAUAAACCGGGGAACUGGUUCUUUAUCAUUGGAAUUGAAGUUGUACAAGAGUGGAACUUAUGAUAUUUCCAAGAGACAUGGUGAGCUAUGUAUCCGUGGGUUUACUAUUGGGCGUCCUGUUAAUCAACAGGACUUGGCUUUAGCUAUUGAGCGUGGUGAAAGGGUUGGGUCUGAAGGAUGGAUGCCUACCAGAAUCACCGGAAAAUUUGGUACUGAUGGGUGCUUUUAUGAAGAUGUCUAGUCCUCCAUUAUUUGUACAUACUUGACUAAAAAACGCAAUAUACAUGGCU